AGCAGCGACUGUUUGAUGACGUAAACACACUGCGUCAGUUAAUGUAGUUCGCAUGUCCGCUAGCAGCCGCGCAGAGGAGUUUGCGGCUGUCCACGUCGUACACGGACCCAAAUAUGCUAAACGUCCCUUUAAUCAACUUGUGCGUACUCUGACAAUGAAACGCCAGGAGUCUACGAGAAGAAAUAAGACUUCUAAGUGUCAUAUAGUAGAUGUCUUCGUGUCAAUCUGAACUGUGCUUCGUCUGGUUUAGCUAGCUAGGCGUGCGAGGGGAGACAUGUUUUGCUAAUAUGUCAGACGGUUAUUUAAAUUGUUUGUAACAACAGCCACCAACGUACGAAGACCACAGUUGAACUGCUGGCACAUUUUCAUUCAAUUUGGACAAUAUCGUCAAGUUUUGAUCACAAUAAUAACCAUGUGAAGAGUGGACGUCUCUCCAUCUCUGCUAUCAACGUCGGUUUACGUCAGUGGGGACUAUGGCAGUCCACAGUAAUGUUCAUUCCAUUGCAGUUCUCCUCCAUGUUGUGCUUAGUUUACUGGUUUAGACUUUCGAGAUAGACGUUAUGGUAGACGGGGAGGAAUUAAUCAGGGCAGAGGAGCUUAGCAAUGGCCAUUUUGUUCCUCCAGCGAAUGUGUGCGGGCUGUCUGUCCUGUCCUGUCUGCUGCUGGCAUCCUCUUACGUCGGGAGUUUGUACGUGUGGAGGAGUGACCUGCCAAGGGAUCACCCCGCUGUUAUAAAACGACGCUUCACCAGCGUGUUGAUUAUAUCAGGCCUGUCACCUCUCUUUGUGUGGAUAUGGAAGGAAUUGACAGGAAUCCGGAUGGUGUCACCACUACUGGUGGUCAUGGGGGUCCGCUUUGAAGGGCUCAUCCCUGCCAUUGUCUUGCCUUUGGUGCUCACCAUGAUCCUGUUCCUUGGCCCCCUGACCCAGUUGGCAAUGGAUUGUCCUUGGACAUUAAUGGAUGGUAUCCGGGUAGCAUUUGACCCAUGGUUCUGGACGUUGUGUUUCAGCGAUAUGCGCUGGUUAAGGAAUCAGGUGGUGGCGCCUUUAACAGAAGAGCUGGUGUUCAGGGCUUGUAUGCUGCCAAUGUUGGUGCCCUGCGCCGGCCCUUCAACCGCCAUAUUUACCUGCCCGCUCUUUUUUGGCAUGGCGCACUUCCACCAUGUGAUUGAGUCGUUGCGCUUCAGAAGGGGCUCGCUUUCAGGAAUCUUCUUCUCAGCGGCUUUCCAGUUCUCAUAUGCGGCAGUGUUUGGUGCCUACGCAGCCUUCAUCUUUGUGAGAACAGGUCACCUGGUGGGCCCAGUUCUCUGCCACUCCUUCUGUAACUACAUGGGCUUCCCGGCCAUCAGUUCGGCCCUAGAGCACCCUCAUCGCCUUACUGUCCUUUCUUCUUACCUGCUGGGAGUCCUUCUCUUUCUCCUACUCCUUUUCCCCCUCACUGAUCCUUCCUACUAUGGCCUGCCCACGCCAGUGUGCGCCCUGGCUGCUUCUUCUAGCUCCCUGUGCCUCCCCUGAUCCAGGCCUCACUCCUUACUCCCUUUCUUUUUUUUUGCGUCUUUCACAUUCUACUGACAAACGCUCGCGGAGGUUGACGUUGGAGAGCUAUGGUGGUCAGCUUUGGCCCGAUGGUACUUGAUAGUGGUCAUCAGGGUGUCAGGUGUACUGGUCAGUGGAAUGCUUGCAGGCUCAUGUUGCAGGGGAGCACCGGUGAAAGACACAAUAUUUAUUAUUGAAGCCGUUAUUUCAACUUGAUUUUGUUGCAGCGUUUGCUGCAGUUGUUCAUCUUUAAAUCGACAUGGACCAUUCCAGGACUAUUUAAAUUAGUAGGAAUAGUUUUUCUCCUUUUGAAUCAAUUCUUUGACAUUAUACUUUAUAGUUUUCAGGGUAGACAUAGUAGUCACAUUUGCGUUCACAAAAAAGGCAGCAAGAACUUUAAAAUGCAAACACACUCUAUAAGCUAAACUGGAACUGUGAAGUAAACGUUGACUGCUUCAGCAAUAUCGAUCUUUUUAUGUGAUUGACGCGUGCUUGUGGGUCACGGUUUGUACACACUAGAGGGCGUCAGAGAGCCAUAUUGCUGCUUCUGUAUGACUUGUCAUUUUUACUCAAAGCCAUGCACUACAAUUUGAACCCAAAUGAAAACGAAUUGAAUCAACACAUGUUUAAUAUGUGGAGCCAGUUCCCAUGUCUUUCUCACAAUGGAUCCACACACGAUAUUGCGCUAAAUGUGACUUGGUGAAUAAAGUCAUUAAAAUAAAUGACAAUGCAGCAGGAGCAGGUGUAUGAGGACAGUACAGUUGUGUGACCAUUGACAAAAUAAUUCAGUGGUUCACAACCUUUUAAGUGCGGCACUUCUGUAUUUUCUCCCCAGCUUAGUACACCAUAACCAGAGACAAGCAGUUUUUGUUGUUUGAAACAGCUGGAAAUAAAAAUACGUACACUACAAAAAGUUAGAUGCUUUCGGGUGAAAUUACAGAAUGAAUCUAAAAUUCACUAUAAGGUGGACUUAAUUUGACCUUCUCGUAACUUUAAAAUGUCCAACUGUUGAAUAUUUUAGUACUUACUGACAACAGGUGAUCACUGAAUUCGAUGCCUUUCUUAGCCGUCUGUAUCUCUAUUGCAACCUGCCGGUGAAACACUAGGCUCAGUGGCCACCUCCUCUGAGAACAUUUUGUUUGACUUAGAAAAUCAGCAGGGGAUCAAAUACACUAAGUACCCCCAGGGUGUACAACACGAAACUAAUCGAUAUGUUUUUACAACAAUGAGGCUCAGCCACUACCACAACAACAAAGAUGAUUUAUCUUCAAGUCAGAAGAGACUGCUUCUUUAGCCAAUUCAAUUACUCACUGCUGCCUUCAGAGGCACCUGCCACUGCUAAUGCCCCAUCAGGCCCGCCCCCCAACCAAGCCAUCCCAAUGUUAUUUAUGCUGACUGUUAUUGAUUCCUUCACAUUUUCCUCUUCGUCCCUGGCUGCCACCAACUUGUACUUUUUCCUCUCACGGGUGUCUUUGCAAACACGAUCAGGGAGACGAGAGUUCUGCCUUUAUCGCUUUUCGAAGAAGACAAAGAUGAAGGCUGUCGUCAAACAGAACACACUCAGCCCACUUUUCCCCAUGCAAAAUAUGCGUGGUGCAGCGCUGACAGACUGCUCAGUCUAUUUUUGCACAGCACUGUUGUUUUAAUACACCACAUUUCAGACAAUGAGUCAGCUCCCCUUUCUUAUCAACACAGUUUUUUCUAAUAAUUUCUAUUUUGGUGAGCUUGUGGCAAUAUGCAUGUAUUUUACGCUUACCGCGUCACGCCUGUACAUUUUUAGUACAAAAAUCUUUUUACAAAAUUCCUGUGAAUAAAACAUGCAAUUUUA